GGUGGAAGUAGGAUGCUACCGAACCGCUUACUGGUAUCACAGUGCUUCAUCUACCUGAUUCCAACAUUAGUGGCCGCAGUCUCUAUGUGCAAUAACCCGGAACUUGCUGCAUCAGGCAAAAAUAUCAGCGUAAAAGUUUCAAUUUCCAGACCCGAAAGCCGGUCUCGGGAAACAGUCUGCACCAUACCUUUUCUUCAUGGCCAACAUACAAUGAAGCCUGUGGGAUGCUGCCUUUUAUGCGCAGAAACGAAUCGAACACUGCAAGACAAUACGCCUUGUUACGUUAUCCCACCUCAAGAAGCGUUGCGGAUGAAACUAGGAGCACCUAGAAGAUGUCUUCUCGGACUGUGUGAAAAUGGGGCUUGUAAGCCAACCGGAAAAUAUGAGCUCUGUGAGAGCAUCGCAUCGUACGAUCAGAUGUAAGUUGUGUGUAUUGGAGCUGUUUAUCGAAAUAAAAUUGAACUGCCU